AUGGGAUCAGGUGAUAGUGAUGAUGAAUUUUACAAUGUUAAACUGCCUUGCACCCCUUCAGAUGCAUCUGAUAAAUCAUCGAAGAAACUAGAAGUUAAAAAAGUAUACAGUCCUUCUAGAACAAAAGUGAAAUAUGAUUAUAAAUUUGAUUCUAGUUCUGAUGAUGAGAAGGACAAUGAAGAUUUAAAAAAAAAUUCAGAAGAUAAAACAAAAUCUGAUAGCAGCGGGGAAGACAAAUUAACAGAUAAAAAUAACGAACCAUCAAAAAGCGAUAGUAGUUUAUCUCCUAGUGGUCCUGCUGGUGCGGAAAAGAUAAACGAAGAAUUCAAAAGCAUAAAAAACUCCAAUGUAAAAAUGUGUGACAAAGGAGAAAAUACUGGAACUAAUCAAAGUAUUAUCACAACCUCUAUUUCUUCUCCUGUAAAUGUUUCUAGACCACAGAUAGGGGUGGUUCCCCCUGUAGUUGUUGUUCCUCCUAUAGUUGUUCCACAGACUCCUGUUAUGAAUAUGGCUCCAAUGUUGGUUUCAUCAUCUGUCGGUGUGGGUGGCCAAAAUAUAUUAUCAGGUCACAUGAUGGGAAUGCCUGGCAAUAUGCUACGUGGACCUGCUCCAAUAGGUGGAAUAAUGACUAAUUCAGGCAAUCCUAUAACUAAUAACAUGAUUGGUAUGAAUGCUAUGCCUGGUCAAAUUGCAGGGCUAAUUAACAUGCAGGGAAAUAUUGUGAGUUUACCAGGAAGCACUAUGGCAGGACAAGGAAAUGUAAUGGGCCUUCAAGCUGGUAUUAUAAACCCUGCAGUGGGAGGAAUGAACAUGUCCAUGCAGGGAAAUAUGAUGAGGAUGGCUGCUGCUGCUGCUGCUGGAAACAGUAUGUUGCACAUGUCUAGACCCAGUGUUGUUGGUGUACAAAAUGCAAAUAGUUUAUUAGGUAUCUCAAGGCAAAACAACAAUUUAAUAGGAAUGACGAGACCUAUAGGUGUUGCCGGACCUACAAGCAGUAUAAUUGGUAUGCAGAAUGCGGGGAAUGGUGUGAUAACAAAUUCCGGAAGUAUGGUCGUUAAUCCUGGAAAUGUUUUGACGAAUCCUUUGGUUGGAAAUCCAGGCAGCCUCGUAGUUAUGGGAGGAGUAAUGAACACCAUGGCACCCUCAAACUUAGUGUGCACAACUCAAACAAAUAUGCUUGCCAAUCCUGGAGGUAUUAUGGGUAGUAACAAUAUGUUAAGAAUGAUGACAUCUUCUCCGACGAGUUCUGGUGUACGACCAGUACCCCCUCCUCCUUUUCUUAAUAUAAGAAACAGACCACCGGCUCCGAAUAAUCUGAAGUGGCAAGCAAAUUCAUUAAAUGCCGGAAAUUUAUCAACAACUGGGUCUUCCUCAACUUCUGUACCUGUUACUAGUUUUAAUAAUACAUCUCCAGCAUCUAGUCCCGUCGAUCGGUUUAAUGCUCAAGUUGACGGUGACGAGGUUUCAAGAGAUGAAAAGGAAAUAUCUUUAUCUGAUAGAUCUUCUAAUUUAGAAACGGACGAAUCUCAAUCUCCUCCAAGAGAAAUACCCAACACGUUUAAAAACGAUGGAUCAUUUAUGGAAAUGUUUAAAAAAAUGAAAGACGAAAAAAAUAAAGAAGCUGCAAGUAAUAUUGAAAAAAAAAGUAAUGAAAUAGGUGAUACGACGACCUCUGUUAAAAAACCUCCCGUCAUUCUUUCUGGAAUAGUAGGUAAAAGGAGAGGAGGAAGAGUUUUAAAGACUGGCCUUGUUAAAAAGGUUAAAAAAGAGGGUGAAAACGAAGAGGAAAAAAAUCCUAAAGAUGCUUGGUCCAUGUAUAUGGCAGAAGUUAAAAAAUAUAGAGAAGCCAGUUGCGAAGAAGAAGGGAAAACCAGACCUUUAGUUAAAUAA